AUGGCGGGGUCUGGGGCUCCCCUGCGCCUCCGCGACUGGCUGGUGGCGCAGAUCGAGAGCGGGCGCUACGAGGGCUUGCGCUGGGAAGACGCGGACAAGACCAUCUUCCGCAUUCCCUGGAAGCACGCGGCCAAACUGGGCUACGAGGUGCAACAGGACGCGGCGCUCUUCAGGGCCUGGGCUGUGUACAAGGGCAAGCACCUGGAGGGCACUGACAAGGAGGAACCGUCCACGUGGAAGACGAGGCUCCGCUGUGCCCUCAACAAGAGUGCCGACUUCUGUGAGGUGCGCGAGCGCAACCAGCUGGACAUCUCCAACCCCUACAAGGUCUACCGGAUUGUAGCCAAGGGCACCUGUGGCCCAGGGUACCAAGCCCCCUCUGAAGAUCUCAGCAACCCAGAUUGCUGGUUGCACGUGCGGCUGUACUAUGGCGCAGUGCUGGUGACCGAGGCCACAGCGCGCACAGCCGAGGGUUGCUGUCUGAGCCCGCGGGCCGCUGCCACCGAACACCUGCUGGGGCCGCUGCAGCGUAUCGCGCAAGUUUGUUUCCCCCCGCCGCCGCCCGGAGCCCGCGCGCUGCAGCACCUACUGCCGCACCUGGAGCGCGGCGUGCUGUUGUGGGUGGCGCCCGAGGGAGUAUUCGCCAAGCGUCUGUGCCAAGGCCGCGUGUACUGGCGCGGCCCGCUGGCGCCGCACCGCGCGCGUCCCAACAAACUGGAGCGGGAGCGCACCUGCCAGUUGCUUGAUACGCGCCGUUUUCUCGCGGAACUCUGCGCCCACCUGCGGGAUGGCCACCCGGAGCCUGAAUACCAGAUCCGUCUGUGCUUUGGUGAGGAGUACCCAGGCCCUCCAGGCCAGCCCGAGGAGCGGCUUGUCAUGGCCCAUGUGGAGCCGGUUUUUGCCCAGAAGCUCUUGCUGCACUUGAAGCGCUUUGGCCUUGGUGACCCCGUGGACCCCCAGUCCAGCAUGCCCUCCUUCAUCCACCUGCUGACUCACCUGAGUCAGCCCUGA